AUGGCUUCUGUCGCAAAGGGUCGGACCUCACGCCGUUAUGUCGUCGAAGACACUUCUGAAUCGGAAGACUCCGGAAAUGUAACACCGACACCAGAUACGCACGAUGACGACGAGGAAGAAGAGGAGCAGGAAUAUACACCAGUCCCCAAGAAGGCAAAGCGCGCAUCAAGCCAGAGAAUGACCCUUGAGCCCGUGACACCUGCGACCGUCCGCGCAACCAGCAAAACCCAACAAGCGACAACCGAUGAUUCUGAUGCGAUGGACACGGAUGCCGAUGCCGAUUCAGUUGAUGCUGAUGCGAUGGAUGUCGACGAACCCGAAGAAAACGACGAAAACGACGAAAACGACGAAAACGAAGAGAACGAAGAGAACGACGAGGCAGUUCGUAUUGCGGAAAUGGAAGCGGAAAUGGAAGCCGAUCCUGAAUCACCUUCCAGCAAAGCGGCAUUGAAAAGAAAAAGUAUGGUUGAUCCCCGAAAAAUUAGUGGCGCAGCCACUCCCACAACAGCACCGGGCUCACUCCCUACUCCAGAGCCCUCCCAAUCCCCAGAGCCCCAGGCCCGCGCGCAACGAGCCAGCGUUCCUCCCCUGUCCGAUAUCACCGAAUCCGCUGUCAACCAGAGCGACUCGCCAUCGAAACAGCCAGAAGAAGCCAAAUCUCAGAUCAACAUCAUCAAUCCCAACUCAACAGUGCUGGAGAGGCCUAUGGAUAUUGUGGCCAAGUCCAGAGAGCAAGCUCCCCAAGCACCACAAGAGCCUGAGGGGCCCAAGCCUCGCAUGAUCAUUGAGAACCUCAUCCUGACAAAUUUCAAGAGUUACGCGGGCCAGCAGAUUGUCGGUCCAUUCCACGCUUCUUUCUCAUCUGUUGUCGGACCCAAUGGAUCUGGAAAGUCGAACGUCAUCGACUCUCUGCUCUUCGUGUUUGGUUUCCGCGCUAGCAAGAUGAGACAGGGCAAGAUUUCCGCACUGAUUCACAACUCGGCCCAGUACCCCAACUUGGCCUACUGUGAAGUGGAAGUUCAUUUCUCACAAGUUAUCGAUUUGCCCGAAGGGGGCCAAGAAGUAGUCCCAGAUUCCCAACUGAUUGUUUCCCGCCGAGCGUUCAAGAACAACACCAGCAAAUAUUACAUGAACAAAAAGGAAACCAACUUCACUGCCGUGACGACUUUCCUACGCGACCGCGGAAUUGACCUCGACCACAAGCGUUUCCUGAUCUUGCAGGGUGAGGUUGAGUCCAUCGCCCAGAUGAAGCCCAAAGCGGCCAACGAACACGAUGAAGGCCUACUGGAGUACUUGGAAGACAUUAUCGGAACCUCCAAGUAUAAGACGCCGAUCGACGAAGCCGCCACCGAGCUCGAAACCCUGAACGAUGUUUGCGUGGAAAAGAACAAUCGUGUUCAGCAUGUCGAGAAAGAGAAGACCGCUUUGGUGGACAAGAAAGACAAGGCUUUGGCAUACAUUCGCGAAGAGAACGAAUUGGCCCAAAAACAAUCUUCGCUUUACCAGAUUUACAUCGACGAGUGCUCCGACAAUGUUCGAGUCACCGAAGAGGCGAUUCUUCAAAUGCAAGAAUUGCUCAACCUGGAACUUGAGAAGCACGAAGGAAACGAGUCCGGCAUCAAGGAGCUUGAGAAGGCUUACAAAAAGGGAAUGCGCCACUAUGAAUCUAUGGAGAAGGACACCCAGGGCUUGCUGAAGGAAAUGGCGAAAUACGACAAAGAGUCUGUCAAGUUUGAGGAAAAGAAGAAAUUCUUGCUCGGCAAACAGAAAAAGCUGGAAAAGGCCAUGCAGACCAGUCGCCUCGCGGCUUCUGAGUGUCAGAGCUUGGUUGAGAAGUUCACUUCAGACAUCGAGAAGAAGACUGCCGAGACCAUACAGCUCGAGAGCGAGAUGGUGACAGAGGAGCAGGAACUCAACUCAAUCCGCGAGGGCCUUAAGGGCAAAACCCAGGGUCUUUCAGAUGAAAUUGCUGCCAAGCAGAAGUCCCUGGAGCCAUGGAACGCGAAGAUUAAUGAAAAGCAAUCUGCUGUUGCCGUUGCCCAGAGUGAGCUCGACAUCCUCCGCGAACGCGGAAAUGCCGGCGCGGUUCUGCUUGAGGAAGCGCAGGGGAAGAUUGUCACCAUCGAGGAAAGCUUGCAGUCCAAGGAAAACGACCUCGAAGAGCGACAGGCACAGAAGGAGAACCUGGAAGCCGAAGUCCAGAAGCUCCAACACGACCUCAAAAAGUAUUCUACCCGUGAGCCAGAAGUUCGGUCGCACGUCUCCAGUGCACGACAAAAAGCAGACGAAGCUCGGGUCAGCUUAGCCAGCACCCAGAACCGUGGAAGUGUUUUGACUGGGUUGAUGCGCCUCAAAGAGUCGGGUCGCAUUGAUGGUUUCCAUGGUCGACUUGGUAACUUGGGCACAAUCGACGAGCAGUACGAUGUUGCAAUUUCCACGGCCUGUCCAGCUCUUGACAAUAUGGUUGUCGAAACCGUGGAGGUCGGUCAACAGUGCAUCGACUACCUACGCAAGAACAAUCUUGGCCGUGCCAACUUCAUUCUUCUGGAUCGCCUUCCUCGCCGAGAUAUGUCUACAAUUUACACCCCCGAGAGUGUCCCACGACUCUUCGACCUCGUCAAACCUAAAGACCCUAAGUUCGCACCGGCUUUCUACAGUGUAAUGCAAAACACACUGGUUGCGAAGGAUCUGGAGCAGGCGAAUCGCAUUGCCUACGGAGCUCGUCGUUGGCGAGUUGUCACCCAGGAUGGUCAACUGAUCGAUGUCUCAGGUACCAUGAGUGGUGGUGGAACCCGUGUCGCCCGAGGUGGUAUGUCAUCAAAGCAAGUCGCCGAUACCACGAAAGAGCAGGUCUCCCGUUUGGAGUCAGACCUCGAGGAUCUCGAAAGGAAGUUCCAGGCCUUCCAGGAGAAGCAGCGGAAUGUAGAGGCUCAAAUGAAGGAACGAUCUGAGGAAAUUCCACGCGUUGAGACCAAGAUUCAGAAGAUCCUUAUUGAGAUCGACAGUACCAAGCGUAGUCUUGUUGAUGCUCAGCGUCGUGUGAAGGAACUCGGUGUGCAACACAAACCAUCUGAUGCCGACGAAGGUCAAAUCGCGGCGCUCGAGAAGCAAAUCAGCAAAGCCCAGAAAGAGAUCGAGAAGCUCAAUGACGAGAAGAGCGGCAUUGAAGAGGAGAUUCAGACCCUGCAAAGCAAGAUCAUGGAAGUUGGCGGUGUUCGACUCCGUGGACAAAAGGCCAAGGUCGAUGGCUUGAAGGAGCAGAUUGGCAUGCUCGCCGAGGAGAUUUCCCACGCCGAAGGCCAGCAAUCUAAGAACGAGAAGCUCAUCAAGAAGCACUCUAAAGCCCGCGAUUCAUCCGAAAAUGAGAUCGCACAGAUCACCGAUGAGGUGGAAAAGCUCGAGGAAGAUGUCGCCAACCAGGCCAACGAAUCCUCUGACUGGAGACAGAAGGCAGACGAAGCACAAGAGGCAUUGGAAACUCAGAAGACCGAGCUGGCAACCCUGAAGGAGGAGCUAGACGCAAAGGUGGCUGAGCUCAAUGAAACACGUGCUACUGAGAUCGAGAUGCGCAACAAGCUCGACGAGAACCAGAAGGCUCUGUCUGAGAACCAGAAGCGCAGCCGCUACUGGGAGGAGAAGCUGUCGAAGUUGACUAUCCAGAACAUCAGUGAUAUUGGUGAAGAGCAGGAGCCUACUGAACUCCAGAUGUACACCAAAGACGAGCUGGAUGCCAUGAACAAGGAAUCUUUGAAGGCAGUCAUUGUGACCCUCGAGGAGAAGGUUCAGAAUGCCUCUGUUGAUCUCUCAGUCAUCGAAGAAUACCGUCGCCGAGCCGCAGAGCACGAGUCUCGCUCAGCAGACUUGAACACGGCUUUGACAUCCCGAGACGGAGCCAAGGCUCGCUUGGAUGGACUUCGAUCUUCUCGUUUGAACGGCUUCAUGGAAGGCUUCGGUAUCAUCUCUCUCCGCCUGAAGGAGAUGUACCAGAUGAUCACCAUGGGUGGUAAUGCCGAAUUAGAAUUGGUCGACUCCUUGGAUCCUUUCUCUGAAGGUAUCUUGUUCUCAGUCAUGCCUCCCAAGAAAAGUUGGAAGAACAUCGGCAACUUGUCCGGCGGAGAGAAGACUUUGUCCAGUUUGGCACUGGUGUUUGCUCUGCAUCACUACAAGCCUACUCCGCUCUACGUUAUGGACGAAAUCGAUGCUGCCCUGGACUUCCGAAAUGUGUCUAUCGUUGCUUCCUACAUCAAGGAGCGCACCAAGAAUGCUCAGUUCGUUGUCAUCUCAUUGCGAAACAACAUGUUCGAACUUGCCGCGCGACUUGUUGGUGUUUAUAAGGUCAAUCACAUGACGAAGAGUGUGACCAUCGAGAACCGAGAUUAUAUCACCGGUCGAUAA